CUCUCCUCCUGUAUUCGUCGCCGUCGAAGCUGAUUUAGUGAUGGAACCUAACUGCUCAGCUUCACCGACUGUAAACGGCGUCGUAAGUGACGUGGAGAAGUUUCUAUGCGAGCGAUUAGUGGACCAGUCGCAGCCGAUCUCGGAGCGAUUCAGAGCUCUCUUCUCUCUUCGCAACUUGAAAGGCCCUGGACCUCGCAGCGCUCUAAUCCUCGCGGCCAGAGACUCAUCAAACUUGUUGGCGCAUGAAGCUGCGUUUGCGUUGGGACAGAUGCAAGAUGCUGAAGCAGUUCCUGCUCUAGAGUCUGUUCUUAAUGAUAUGUCUUUGCAUCCUAUAGUACGCCAUGAGGCAGCAGAAGCUCUUGGAGCCAUUGGUUUAGCUGGUAAUGCUGAGAUAUUAAAGAAAAGCUUGGUUUUCGAUCCAGCUCAGGAGGUUCGGGAAACGUGUGAGUUAGCUCUCAAAAGGAUUGAAGAGUUGAGUAAUGUUGAUACGGAGAAGGAGUUAGACACGACAGAGAGAUCACCUUUCAUGUCUGUUGACCCUGCGGCUCCUGCUGCUGCUUUCUCCUCUGUACACCAGCUUAGCAGUCAGAUUCUUCUGGAUGAAACAAAGGGCAUGUAUGAGAGAUAUGCUGCUCUUUUCGCUCUGAGGAAUCACGGUGGAGAGGAAGCUGUUUCUGCCAUAGUUGAUUCCUUGAGUGCUAAUAGUGCCCUCUUACGCCAUGAGGUUGCUUAUGUCUUGGGGCAACUGCAAAACAAAGCUGCUUUAGCUACUCUAAGCAAAAUACUGAGAGAUGUGAACGAGCAUCCUAUGGUCAGACAUGAGGCUGCUGAAGCACUUGGUUCUAUUGCAGAUGAACAGAGCAUCGCAUUGCUACAAGAAUUCUCAAGGGACCCUGAGCCGAUUGUUUCACAAAGCUGUGAAGUUGCAUUGAGCAUGCUUGAAUUUGAAAACUCCGGCAAAUCAUUCGAGUUUUUUUUCACUCAAGACCCACUUGUUCACUAAGAAUGCUUAAGGAUCAUAAUCAUUCUUCUAUCAUUUACCAACGAAGGAACACAAACUAUAACAACUUUUUACAGUGUGCGCGACUCUUGUCAUGGGGAAAAAGUUUACUCUCAAUGUAACCUCUAAAAUAAUGUUGUUGGGCCUGUAGAAAUCCAAUUGCAAAGAUAAUAUUUUGACAGCUUUAAUGGGCUUAAUGGUCAUUACACU